GAUAUUUUCUACCUCCUCCCUGCUGAGCUGCACAGUGUGAUGGGGAAUGGAGGUUGUGGUAAAUGUCAUCCCAUGUCUCUGUUGCUCCUUCCUGCUCAGGAGGGGACUCCUCACACUUUUCCCCUGCUCCAGCAGGGGGUCCCUCCCGUGGGAGAGUCGUUCAAUAACUUCUGCAAUGUGAGUGCUUCCCAUGGGCUGCAGUUCUUCGUGAACUGCUCCAGCGUGGGUCCCAUGCAUAAAGUGCAGUCUUUCAGGAACCAGCUGCUCCAGCAGGGCCACAUUUCCUGCUCCAAUGUGGGCUCCUCUCUCCAUGGCCACAAAGGUCCUGCCAGAGCCUACUCCAGCAUGAGCUUCCCACGGGGUCACAGCCUGGGUACGUCCACCUACUCAAGCAUGGGGUCAUUCCUGGGGUGCAGGUGGAUCUCUGCUCCAACAUGGACCUGCAGGGGCACAGCUGCCUCACCGUGGUCUUGCAAUACGCGCUGCAGGGGAACCUCUUCUCCGGCACGUGGAGCACCUCCUACCCCCUGCCGCAAGAUCUCUUGUCAUCCUAGGAGAGCAGCUGCUGGGAAUUCAGUAGCCUGUAAUCUGCGAAAACAUUUCUGGCCUCUCUCAUAUAGUACCCAUGACCCUUUCCCUCUGAAGGCCUUUGUGUUGCGAGCGCUGCUAUUCAGGACCCUGCAGCAGCUCGGUGCACCGCGCUGGACAGAGUGCCUGGCAGGCUGCAGGCUGCUUUAGCACCCGAACUUUCCCGAAUGGCAAAAACAUGACAAGCAGAGAAACUGCCUGGAUCCCACAGCUGUUUCCUUGCUCAUACCGUCUUCCCUUCCCGGGACACAGCGGCUGCCGGGAGGCGUUUCCGCGGGCAGGGUAGGGAAUGCCGCGGGGCUGCCGGGCGCGGCGCGGGCUCGCCAUGGUGACGGCGCGGCGCUCGUCCCCGCGGGGCCCGCACCGCGGCCGGGACAGCGCCGGGCCCGGGCACAGCUCCCCGGGGUCAGACACAUCCCCCCGAAACCGGGGUGCCCCGGGUGGCCCCGCCGCGCCUGCGGAACCCCGGCUUGGCCGGGGCAGCGAGGGAGAAGCAGCAGCCGGCCCGGGAGCGCCGGGCAGGGUGAGCAGGGCCGGGGUACGGAACAGGGGCGGUGAGGGACCUGCCCGCUGCUCCCCGUGUUCCUCGGACGGGGCCUGCAGCUCUCAGACCAGUGCUCUCUCAGUGUUUGUGCGUCUACUAGAUAUUUAUUUAGAGAUAAAGGUGAGGCCUAUGGACAAGGAACAGGAAAAAGCUUCCAGUGAAGAAAAAGAUCACGAAUGGCUUCCAGGGGCCAAGGAAAAAGAGAAAGAAACCAAGAAUGUAAUCAAAAAUAUCCAGUGGACCACAGCCAAGAACUUCACAGUGGAGAGAGGAUGGCAGCAAAUUGAAGAACUAAUUUCUACAUGGAACAUUCAUGAAAGCUGGCUUCAUCACUCAGAAUUUCUUGAGGAAGAGGAACUGAAAGAUAGCACGAGGUACUAUUACAGAGCUUGCUGGGGCCUCCCAACACGCAGAAAACCCGUCCCACAAGCAACAGCGAGCGUCUACUUCGUUAUAGUGAUCUCCAAAUUCAAGCCUGACACUGUACCUGUGCAGGUCUUCUACAGACUGGAGUCCAGCAGGCUGAUUCGGAGGCCAGAACAGUGCCAGUUUAGAGAAAAGUGGCUUCAGGACAUAGUUGAAAAUAAAAUAGCGUGCAUAGAAAGACUUGCUUCCCAAUGAACAGCUCCAAUUCACCAUUAUCAAUACUCUGUUGUGGAGAACUAAAUAAACACAAUGAAGAAAGAAAAGCUCUUCCUUAGUGUCUUGGGUUGUAAUAUCUAACUAAAAAUGUGUAUUCUAUUUUCCAUCUGUUGAAAACAGUUGGAGAGGUGUUUUUCUUCAUCUCUUGUAUACUCCAUUCCUCAUAACUCCAAGGGGGAGGGGGUGGAUGACUUCUGUUAAUGGGUCAGAUGUUAAAACCAGGGGAGCAAUGUUCCUUAUCUCUUCCAAGGCCCAUCCUCCCUCCAGGGGGAUAUCUGCUGUUAAUGAGCCAUUAAGGCUCACCACAUGACUGAUAAAAUUAAAUCAUUCCAUUGUGAGAUGCUCCACACAGUAGGAUGAGCCAAGUAUUCCUACCUGGGUAAAACCUGAGAUUCAGAACAGCAGAGCAUCCUCUUUUCCACUGGAUUCUCAGAAGAAGACCAGAUUUAUCUCACUGUCACUACAGGAUCAUCACUACUCCAACAUAACAUCUGUCACUCCAGGAGGACUUAUUUGGACUGCUUCCAACACCCUGGCCGACAGGGUGUCAGGUUGUGUUCCUGACUCCACCAGGGUUCUCUAGGAUUUUUGUUUGUUUGCUUGCUUGUUUAUUUUGUAUUACUGUAUUUGCAUUUUUAAUAUUCCUAGUAAAGAAUUGUUAGUCCUAU